CCGGAAGCGUCCUCUGCCUGUUCCGGUGUCUCUGCUCGGUCUUCAACAUGGCGUACCAGCUGUACAGGAACACCACUCUGGGGAACAGCCUGCAGGAGAGUCUGGACGAACUCAUACAGACUCAGCAGAUCACUCCUCAGCUGGCUCUUCAGGUCCUCCUUCAGUUUGAUAAAGCAAUCAACACGGCGCUCGCCAACCGAGUCCGCAACAGAGUCAACUUCAGGGGUUCUCUGAACACAUACAGGUUCUGUGACAACGUGUGGACGUUUGUCCUGAACGACGUGGAGUUCAGGGAGGUCACCGACCUUGUGAAGGUCGACAAGGUCAAGAUCGUUGCCUGUGACGGAAAGAGCGAGUCGACCCAGAACAAAAGUGAUAAAUGACUGAGGAUCUCUUUGUGUCUGAUGGAGUCACAGACGGACCUGGACUGUACAUAUAAUUUAUUACAGUAGAGUCACAGCCGAGGUGUGUGUGUGUGUGUGUGUGUGUGUGUGUGUGUGUGUGUGUGUGUGUGUGUGUGUGUGUGUGUGUGUGUGUGUGUGUGUGUGUGUGUGUGUGUGUGUGUGUGUGUGUGUGUGUGUGUGUGUGUGUGUGUGUGUGUGUGUGUGUCAUAGUGGACCAGUCACUGUACCUGCAGCAUUUUUUUUUUUAUUAUUAGCAGUUUACAGGAGGUUUGUGUUCAGUUUGCUGUUAUUAUUGAG